AUGAAAAACAAAGUUAUUAUUGAAAUUUGCUUUGUUUUUAUUGGAGAUAAUAAAAAUUACAUAUGCUCUUGCAACUCUGAUUUCGCUAAAUUUAGAAAUAUGACGAUGAGACCUUGUGAAGACAAGCAGAAUUGUUGAAUAAUUAUUAACGGGUUCAAUAAAAUUUAUAAGCAUUACAUUCAUGAUUGAUACAACAAAUACUUUCCUCCAUGGUUCUUAGAAUAUUGUGUGCUAUUUAAAGAAGGAGUCAGCUCAGUUGAAAAGUUUCCUGGAUCAGAUUCAUCAGGCAAAACCAAAAAAAUGAAAAAAUUCAGAUACCAAACAGUUUUUUAA